AAAACACCUCUAAACCUGUGUCAGGAGAAAAGAGAGGAUACGUCACACUAACAUGUGAAUCUGAGGCCAAUAAUUUCGGUGAUGCUGGGAAAUACUUUUUAAAUGUCUAUUACACUAAUGAUCAGACAGAGCUGGAGCAACAAAUCAGGACGUACCAACUUCAUAUUCAUGAUGAGAUUACUGUGAAAACAGGCGAGGAGCUAAAGAUGUCUGUUCUGUUGUCUAAUGCUGAUAAAGUGGAGAAAAGCUCUAGUGGAGAGUGGAGGGAGGUUUGGAACAGAACUGAUGGGGUUCAGAGUGAUCGACUGAAUGAUAAUGAUGGGAACCUGAUCUUUAAAGCAUUUCUGGCCAGUGAUGCAGGAACAUACAGAGUUCUGGACACUGAAGGAGAAAUCUUGAUCACAGUCACAAUCACAGAAUCAGGUACAGAAUCAAAGGACAAACUGGAGAAUGAUAAAGACAAAACUAAUGGCACUGAACAACACAAGAACUGGAUUGUGUCAGUUGUAGUGUGUUUGGUGGUUCUGGCUCUGAUUGUGAUUUCUGUCAUCAUAUGGAGACGUCAGCACAGAGGUCAUGUACAGGUUCCAGUACAGGAGAAUACAGAGCACAAACAGUAACUGGAGGAAUCUAGUAGAAUACAGUUAGAAUUACCCGUAAUCAUCAUAGAUAAAGGUGAUCAACUUCAUGUUGAUUUGCACUGAUCGUUCACUCUAAGACCAGCAGAAUAUGAAUAUGAAUCUGAUCCCCACAGCAUAAUAGAGCAACGGGAUCCCCUGAUUUUACUGUAAUUUGUAUGUAUUUCUAUGUAUGUUCUGCACAAAUCUGUUUAAAUAUGCAUCAAUGUCUGCACU